UGACACAUUGUAACUCUCUGCUGGGUGCACUGUCACUGUAACCCCCUCCCUCCCCCCUGUACACUGUCACUGUGACACAUUGUAACACUCUGCUGGGUGCACUGUCACUGUAACCCCCCUGUGUACAAUGUCACUGUGACACAUUGUAACCCACGGCUGUGUACACUGUCACACAUUGUAACUCUCUGCUUGGUGCACAUUAACCCCCCCUCCGCUGUGUGCACUGUCACCGUGUGUCCCCCUGCUGUAUACACGGUCACUGUGUCACACUGUAACCCCUGCUUGGUGCACAUUAACCCCCCUCCGCUGUGUGCACUGUCUUUGUGACACAUUGUAACCCUCUACCCCCCUCCCUCUCCGCAGUGUGCACUGUCACAUUGUAACCCCCGGCUGUGUACACGGUCACUGUGACACAUUGUAACUGUCUGCUGGGUGCACAUUAACCCCCCUCCGCUGUGUGCACUGUCACUGUGUGACCCCCUGCUGUGUCAGCCUGUAGCUUUGCACUGUCAGCAUUCUCACCCCACUCUCCUCACUCUCAGCCUGCAUCAUACAAUGGGUAGGAAGGUGACACUGGCCACCUGUUCCUUAAACCAGUGGGCUCUGGACUUCGAAGGGAAUUUAAGCAGGAUAUUGCAAAGUAAGUGAAAUAUUUUGUAACUUCUAAGAUCUUUAAAUGUGUAUUCUAAUCUCUCCUUGCCAGUUUUUCUAUAACAAACUGCAAGCAUUGAAAUCAUGUAUACCACCGUUUUCACAGCAUGUCCUGCAGCUAUGGAGUGCAACUCCCUUCACUCCCAUACAUUUCUUUCUGAGCCUGAUGGGAGUUGCAGUCUUGGUGUUUCACAAUACUGCACAUGACCUUUCAAACAGAUUAUGGGAGUAAUCAAUCAUGUCAGAUUCUUAUCUGGGUCACAAAGCUUGAAGGUUAGCAACCCCCAUUAGUCUCAUCCACAUGCCUGUGAAUGCUGGGAGAUCAUAUUUUGGCCAGCCCCUGCUCAGUGUGUUGGACUAAUAUUCUGAUAUUGUUAAUAACAAUAGACUACAAUGACACUUUUAUAGCAGUAUUAAGUAUAAUCCAAUCGAGUGUUGAUCCAUAGAAAAAAAACAACUGGUUAAUGUACUUAGUUAAUUGGGCCAAGGAUAAACACAAUCCCCAAGUUGCAAUAGUGCAGUUUAUUUUAUUACUAUAAAACAGGACAUAGUGCUAACAUCACAUACGCUUUAGACAUAUACAAACUUAAAAACAAUAAAUAUCCUAUAUUGGGCUCAGCCCAAACAAGCAGCUCCAGCAAGCAAUUACAAUGUAGCAAAUCAAGAAUAGAAUCCCUUGCAGACAAUAUGUUUACAGAAAUCACACACAUUCCUGUGGCCCUAUAUGUGCAGUAACUGUAUGACUGAUAUUAUUACUGUUUGGGAUGAGUGCAAUAUAACUGUAGCGCUACCUAUAUCGUGUUUUUUAAUUAAAGGGAACAGUAGUGUUCCAGUAAAUAUUUGUUUAGAUGUAUGGUCGCCAUGUGUACAGUCAUGAAAGCAAAUUGAAUUGCCUUUCUUCCAGUAGCAUGCUGAUCUCACUGCAGUUGUCCCACCUCCCCUGCUGAGAUUGUCAAUCCUGAUGAUCUCAACCAAUCCAAUGCUUCCCUAUGGGUAAGCAUUGGGCGCCUAGUGUACAUACGCAUCCAAUAGCCACACUGCGCUCUCUCCUCAUAGAAAUGCAUCUCUAUCUCAGUCAAUGCAUCUUAAUGGGGAGUGUUCAGUGUAUCCAUGCAGAGUGUGGAGACACUGAAUAUCGGUCCCUCUAGUCGCUGUCCCUGGGCAGCUUAGCCUGCCGGGACUUCUGAAGUGGUUCUGGUGCCUAUAGGGUCCCUUGAAUCUAUGUAAGCCCCACCACGUGUUUAAGUCAUAAACGUCAUUAUACCUUCCAUUUUCAUUGCCUUAUUAUAAUCUACAUUAUAAAUUCAUAAAUCAAGUUGGUGACCGUAGAAUUUAGGAGCCACAUUGGUAGCCUCAAAUUUUGUUCAUGGAGACAUUACUACAUCAGCAACAAUUACACAGGGAGUUAAAAAAAGGUGUGGGGAAAUGGGUGGAGCUUAUAUCAUAAAUGAAUAGAAAUCUGUUUAAAAGUAAUAAUUAAAAAUCAUUAUGUAUUUAUUUUUUACCAGCAAAGAUAUUUUGUUUGAAUAAUAAAAACUACGGGCAAUUUGAGAAACAAAUAAUGAUUGAAAUGUUCCAACAUUUACACAUGCUUUGUAUGACCAUAAACUUACAAAUAAAGAAAUGUCUAUACAUACAACUAGCACAUUGAUUGAUUUGUGAUCAGAGAGAAGUUUGGUGUGCAGUGACAUUUUAUACAUUUGUUAUAAACGUACACUGCUGAAUUGGAGAGAAAUGUUAUUAAACCGUCUGAUCAAGGUAUAGAUGCUGCUGGUGUCCAAUAUGUUUCAAAUAGCCCAAACUGAUAUUUUUCAUUUCGCUGCUUUUUAUAUUUUUAGGCAUAAAGGUCGCUAAGGAGAAGGGAGCUCGGUACCGUCUUGGUCCAGAGCUGGAAAUUUGGUGAGUUGCUUUUUUUUUUGUUUGUUUUUCCAAACUUUUCCAGGGACGGUCUUAGAUGGUCUUCAAAAUUUCCUUAUAGUGAUCAUUCCUGUUUUUUUACACCACUCAAAAGGUACUGUAGCACUUUCUGAGAUGAGGGUAAGUAUAAAACACACAUUCCUCAACUGUAACUUUAUGUUCAGUGUGACAAACUCCCCUUUUCAAGUGAGUUUGCCACAAGCUCAUGGAGGAGCCUGCUUGCCAGCCUCCUACCCACAGACCAUGGGCCCUGCAGGGAAAUCUGUAAAAGACUACCAAACUUGACCGACCGUUAGCACUGAUUUCCCUGGAGCUGUUUCGGGCAUGGGGCCAUGCUUGCGGUCGGUCAAAUCUAUGACUUCCAGAAAAUUCCUGAACCGAUCUGGGUGAUUUUUGGAUAUGUUGUUCACCCAGAUUGGGGCUAUCAGGGGAUGUGACUAUUUAUGGGGAUAUGUUGGAUUUUGAGGUACUUUCUGAACUUUGUGAAAAUUUGUUUUUUCUGCCUGGAGAUAAUUGAGUUACUUACAGGAUUAAACUCAAUUAUCUCGUAAGCAGAGGGGAGGGAUUAUGUGCUAUACAUGGGCGUGUCACAGACUGUAUUUUUGUUCUGAUUAGUUUGUGUCCUUUGUGUUCCUGUGCUCCAUCAGGUCCAUGGGGGGUUCCUCUGGCCUGGAAAAUUGUAUAAAAGGCCAGUGUGUCCCAUUAAACUAGAGAUUCCUGCUUACACUCCAAAACUGUGUGUCGUCCUGUUAUUGGAGGGAAAGAAGAUUUGCUCCUGUGUCUGCUGUUCCAGCUUGCAGGAGAUUCAACGGGGAAAGUCCUUGUAAGGACUAGAGCCAAUUCCCCGUUCGGUUCCAGAGUUCCCAGGACUGAGUGUCGUCCAGUGCCUGGAGGUGUCAGAGCAAGAAGUGCUGCGGUUUGUCCCCUGUUCCAGCUAGGAAGUGAUCCUUUGGUGGAGGUAACCAGUCGGGGUGCCAGGUGAUGCGUUACAUUCAGAAUGACCUGAGGAUCUCCUGAUGCUCAGUGAGCAUUGGUGCAUAUUUACUUGUGCAUUUGAUAAAGAUUCUAUACAAAGAUAUGACUUCAAAGGUGCAGGGCAUACGUGCCCAUGACACCAUGAGGAUUUAAAAAAAUUACAUUAGAUGUUUUGGCUAUGCCAAGACUGCUUGUAAUAUGAUGAAAAUAGGCUCUUUUUUAAAAAAUUGACUAAAAUAGAGCAACCCAUGAGGUAUCAUGAGCCUGAAAGUGAUUUUUAUUAAAUCUAUGAUAAAAUGGCUUUAUUAAAGAUUUCAGUUUCAAUCAUAACAAAAAUACCAACACACCUCGCCAUCCCAGACAGAAUGGAAAUCCCUAUGACAAGUUUGUGACUGAGCUCAAUUCUAACGACUGGGGACUCUCAUUUACUUUUAACAACAGAGAUCUAGGAUCGAAUUUCUUGAGCUUAUGCUUUGGGGAGAAAAAGACCAGGUUCUAACUAGGACAUUUCAGAAAAAGGUAGACGUUAAUGGCUUCCUAAAUGCUACCAGUGGCUAUCAUCCUACGUGGAUUGCGAAUGUAGCACUAGGCCAAUUCAUUAGACUCCAACGUAAUUGCUCCAUGUUAGAACACUUUGAGUAAUAAUCUUUAAAUCUCUGCCAACGAUUCCUUGAUAAAGAAUAUCUUUCUAAAUCAAUCCUACUUGCCUACAACAAUACAGACAGCCACAAGAGGCUGGAUUAACCCUAAAGUAAACAUAGCAGUUUCUCUAAAACUGCUUUGUUUACAGCAGAAAGGGUUAACCCUAGAUGGACCUGGCACCCAGACCACUUCAGUGAGCUGAAGUGGUCUGGGUGCCUAUAGUGGUCCUUUAAGGCUUAUCAUUUGAAAUUCAAUUUGAAAUCUCUCUGAAUUCCAAUAACAAUUCCCAUUUUAGUGAUUUAACCCUGUUAUUGUUAGUGCUGUCCCUACGUAUACUCAAAAUCUGUAACGUGAACAAAUGCAGCUCUCUGAACUCAGUACUAAUAUCUGCUCGCUCCAAGUACAUGAGUACUGCCUGGACAUGAUUAAACCCCACUGCAGCUCAGGUAUGUAUUCAAAAUGGCCGCCCAGUAAAAAGUUGUGAUGUUAGAAAUGGAUCAUUAGAAUAAUUCUGCUGUGGAUCUGCAUAUACUGCAGCAUUACACUGCCAUUAAUAGUGGUGCUGUUUUAAUGGUGCCCUUGGUGUUUCAAGGUACUUAUGGUGUGUAGGAACCUUGGCUUGGGUUAGAGAGAUACAAUGUUGUGUUCACUGAUUAUCUCAUAGUCUAAGGAUGUUGGGUUACAGCAUAUGGUACACCAUUGUGCCUUAAACUACAACAGGGGUCAUAAUAAAAAAUAUUAUUACAAUACUGCUGUGCAAUACGUCUGCACAAAGCCACAGUAAUAACAUCAAAAUUUGUACUGUUUUCUUUUAAUGGUGUCUUGGAAAAUGUUGCAGAGAUUCCAUUUUCCUACCAAGCAUUGCUUUGACUUGUUACAUUUCCAGUGUGUACAAACGGGUAUGUAGUCAGUCUAUUUCCCUUUCUCCUAUGUACACAGUGUUGUGAAUUGAGCAAUUCUGCUGGUUUUAAAAUUUGAAAAGCAGAAAUGUAUAGUUGGUUUCCAUGGUGAUUGCUGCACACGUGCUUACAUUGUCUAAUAUAUUUUGUAUUCUACAGCGGGUAUGGCUGUGCAGAUCAUUUCUACGAGUCGGAUACCAUACUGCAUUCUUUCCAAGUACUGGCAGAGCUCCUGAAGUCACCUGAGACCUCUGACAUUAUCUGCGAUGUUGGCAUGUGAGUACACAGUAUCAGUGUUACUCUCAAAAAACAACGAGCUUGCAUCAUGCAUUUUAAAGUAUACAUGAUUUUUAUGGAAAACUUUUUGAAUGUGUAUUUUUGGUAAAUGUUAAAAAUAUAAACAAAUAAAAAGUCCUAGUAGUCCGGUGAAUUGCAGUGUAGCCCAAACUCAACCUUUCAAAUCCUUAGUCUUGGCCACUUAUUCUGUUCUCUGCUCUUCCCUAUUAAUGCUGACUAAGCUGUUUUCAAAUGUAGCGUGUACCCUUUUUAUUAAAUUUAAAAAUAUAUAAUUUUUUUUUAAUUGAUUUAUUAAAUCCCUGCAGGGUCAUUCUGAAGAUGUCUGAGUGAUUGAAAGAAAUAUAGGUUACUUAAAUUAAAUUGUCAUAGAAACAUAGAAUGUGACUGCAGAUAAGAACCAUUCGGCCCAUCUAGUCUGCCCAAUAUUUGAUGGGCCGAAUGGUUCUCAUCUACUGUCACAUUCUAUGUUUCUAUGUCAUCAUGAAGCUGUAGUAAUUCGGUGUUUGUUUCUUUUUGUUUACAGGCCCGUGCUGCACAAAAAUGUCCGUUACAACUGCCGUGUUUUAUUCCUCAACAAGUGCGUUACGGUAUACAGCUACUUUAAAUGUCACACUAUCUCUAUCACUAAAUGGGAAUUAUUAGCUAACUUCCUUUUAAAAAAAUUACAAAAAGAACAUCAACAAAUAUAGUCACUAUAGCUAUUGCUUUACUUAUAAGAGUGGACCUGUCAACUUAGAGAACUUUGAUGCAUAAAGUGUGCAUUUAGAAGCCUUUUUAAUGUGAGUCUGUAUUGUUUAAAUUGAAUAGAGAUUUGGCCGGUUUAAGUUGGGUACUCUUAGGGCUUAUAACAAAUUCUGCCUUAUGCCUACUUGUUUAUAUUAGUUUGAAAUUAUUCUGUCAUGACCUCAGUUUUAUAGCUGAUACUUUUUCUUAAAUCUGAUAAGAGAUGUACGCAUUGAUAAAAUUUGUUGGCGCUAUAAAAAUAAUGAAAGGAGUAGAAAAAAUGAACAUGAGAAAAUAUGAUUUUCUCUUUUAUAAUUAUUUACGCAGUAUUUCAUUCAGUCAUAGAAACCAACGUUUUAAUUAUCUUUUAGGAAAAUCCUUCUGAUCCGACCCAAAACAGCAAUGGCCAACGGCGGGAAUUACAGGGAGCUGCGUUGGUUCACGCCGUGGAGUAAACCUAGGUGGACAUUUUAUUCUACAUUUUCCUAUUCCUUUCUAUUCAUUGUUAUUCAAAUAUUGUACAUGUCAAAUCUCUAAGCUGUCAUGCUAAUAUAUGCUAGGGGGUCCACAACAUGGUUGUCUUUUUUGUUAUAGUAAUUGAGAUGGUAUGAGUUAAAAAUCAAGUCUGAGGUUUUUUUGUUUGUUUGUUUUUGAAGGGGUGGGGGAGGAUCAGGUGUGCUACUGGUUAAUUAAACCAUUGUUGGCUUUUCACAUUACCCCGACUAACAAUGUAUUAUGACAAUUAAAUGUGUAAUGGACAUCACCCUUAUGGAUUGAAAGAGGUUUUAUAAGUGUUGGUGAUUUUAAAACAUCCCUUUCUGCCAUUGUAUGAGAAUACUGAGUCUAUGGGUCUGAUGGAUAUGCCUAUCUAAUGCUUUCCUCAAGGACUGGUGACCAGCAAAUAAGAUACAUUAGAGAGAAUCUCCAAAAUUCGAGAGUUGAAAUUUUGGCCUGGCUACUCAUCCUGCAUUGCUACAGGGAUAUAACAAUGCAGCAGCAUUGAUGAUCCAUCUACACUAAUGUGGUGUUGCAGACCUUCAAACCAACUCUUUCUACCCUCUUGUUCACAUGCUGACACCUUAGCAUUCUUAAACAUUAGGCAUUAUUCCUGUACCUUUAAACAUGUAACCAGAACUGACCACACUAGCAGCAAAUGGAACAAGGAAUGCUAAUUUCCAAAUCAGGCCAAGUUAUACUUUCUAAUUGCAAUAGGUGCAUUCUUGUUUGUACGUCAAGUGAAAUUAAAUGAAACUUCAUUUCAUGUGUUACAGAGAAGUUGAAGAACAUUUCCUUCCAAGAACUAUUCAAAAAAUCACCGGUCAGGUUAGAAAACCUUUAUUUAAUAUAAUUAGUUUUCCUUCAGUUAUUUUAUUAUGAAAUAAAGCAUCAGGUGCAAAGGAAUAAAAAUGACCUCUAGUUGUCCAAACUGAAUACUUAUGUGUCCCUUUUUACUGCCGCCCUUGCCAUUAAUAUAUUUUAAAAAAUUUAAAUUUUCUAAACCUGACUAUAUCAAGUAGAUAUUGAUACCCCAGUAUGUAUUUAUAUGGUUGAAUUGUAGCUUGUUUGUAUCAGUCCCUUUUAGUUUAUCAGAUGUCAUUAAUGAAAUAUACUCAGUGUGGCAUUGUGAUCUUAUUGUCUUACUUCUAGAGCUAACCCAGUGAUUUCCCUUUAAUCCCCUGUAGGAAACCGUUCCUUUUGGUGAUGCUGUGUUAGCAACAAAAGACACGUGCAUAGGAUCAGAGAUCUGUGAGGAAUUGUGGUUACCAAACAGGUAACAGCAAACAUCUCUGACUUCAAUAGAAUUUACUGUGAAAGUUCCGAUGUACAAAAAUGUAAAACGACACAUUUGAGAAUAUCAGCUAUUUAACCCAAACACUGUUUAAUAGCAGUACCAAGACCUUUUCCUUUCUUAUAUCAGCUGCGAACAAUCCUAAACAACAAAAACUAUUACUAUUCAUCAGACACAUUGUUAGAGUGUGUUAAAAGGGCAAUACGUGGCAAACCAUUAUACCAAGCCAUUCUCCUGAGUAUAUACUGCGAUAUUGGGCAUUAGUGCACAAGAAAUCUACUGUAUAUGAAGGCAACAUUAAGAUAAUUAAUAAUUUUCUAAUAUAUGUAUAACCUCAAAAAAAUCCAGCAAAUUCAUCAAUUUCAAUGAUUGUUUGUUUGUUUGUUUAAAUGGGGAUGUAUUUUCCAGUUAUGAAAUAAUAUUGAAUUUACAUCCAAAUUUUCCUUAAUUUGUUGACUGCGUUAGCUCUCGAGAAGGUAUCUUGUUUUAUACGUUUCUGUAUGUUUGCAGUCCUCACAUUGAGAUGGGUUUAGAUGGUGUUGAAAUUUUCACCAAUUCUUCGGGAAGUCACCAUGAGCUGAGAAAAGCCCACAUAAGGGUUGAUCUUGUCAGGUCAGCAACAGCAAAGGUAAUUUAUCUCUCUAUCCAUGAGAAAACCAUUACGAAAUAGAACUAAUUGGACAAACCAUGCAAAUAGUACGUUUUACAGUUUUACGUCAUCUUAAGCUUCAAACAGUGACGUUUCAAUUUUUUUGUUUUUAUCAAGCUCUGGUUGGUGUAAUUUGAAUUGUUGAGCUGCUAAACUGCCCUAAGCAAGAUAUGUUUCCAAAAAUGUUUGAAAUUGUGAUAUAUGCCCUAAAUUUGGUCCUGCGUUUUGCCAAAGACAUGUGAAAAUCUAUGUUCAUUUGCUUGUCUUUAUUGAUAAUACAUUAUGUCAGAUGUGUGUACAUCAGACCCUCCCUCCCAGACCCUCCCACCUCCGGGACAGCUCACUAAGAAUGCAGCUUCACCAUGAAUGUAAAAUGGAUGCUGUCCAGGAGGUGGAAGGGCCUGGGAGGGAGGGUCUGCUGCUGAUUGGCUGGAAUGUGUCUGCUGACUGUGAGGUACAGGGUCAAAGUUUACUCAAUGAUGAGUCCGUGGCGAACCGUUCGGGACAUCACUAUUACUGGGUGGUACACCUUUCUAAUACACUAUUAACCUCUUGAUUUAUCUGGUUUAGUUUUAGCAUGGACUUGAUAAGGUGCUCACAAGUCCAUAUUGUUUAUCGUGCUUUGAACGUUCUUUGCCACCUCAAACCCAAAGGUUGGAUUGAGUACUGACUGGUUCUAUCAUAGACUGGAGUUGCUGUCUUGUUUGUGGUACAAGCUUGAGAUGACACAUACAUAUGACAGAGAGUAAUUCUCCUGCCAGAAGUAUUAACAUGAUCAACAACAAUAGGUAGAUAGACUGUUCCCUUCAAAUAUUGUUAAGUUGGUAUUAAGUAAAUGCAUUAAAAGAUGUUCACUAUGCCUUUACACGACCAGCAAAAACCUACAACAUUGACUUGUAAGAUGGUCCAUGAGUUUCUUACUUUACGCCAAAUACUGACCCAUCAGACAGCUGUCCAUAUCUGGUGAUCACAUACACACUGUAGAAUGCUCUGGAAUCCUGUUCAACACAGAUUUCAAGUGUUUGAGGCAACUUUUACAUUCUCAGAGAUUUUCUCAGUUGUAAUUUUUUAACAUUUUAGUCAAAAAUAUUUAGACUAUAAAAGAUUAUUCAAUUCAAUUUAUAUUUCUAUGUUGCUAUUUAAGCCUACAAUGUUAAAUUCCCUGGUCAGAUCCUGACUAUUAGCCGUUAAAUAAAUAGCCCCAAAUGUGUAUUAGCCCAUAGAACCGUUGCUCAGGUAAAAAUUAGUUUAGAGCAUAAUUUUCACUAACAGUGUUACCAUGAUUGAAGUGGAUUAGACAAUUCAACAUAGAAUUAGUUCACUAACCGAAUGAAUAAAAAUACCCAAAUUGUCUUUGGUUGUUGAAAAAAAAAAAAAAAAAAAAAAUCUUGCUAUGAAAGUUUUAAACCGUAUUUUCUUAAAUUUUUUUUAUUACAUUAUAUUCUAGAAUGGUGGCAUUUACCUGCUUUCCAAUCUGAAAGGUUGUGACAGUGACAGACUGUACUUUGAUGGCUGUGCCAUGAUAUCUUUAAAUGGUGACCUUGUAGCCCAAGGAGCCCAAUUCUCGCUAAGUGAUGUGGUAAGAUUUCAUAAUAUAAAUGUUAUCUCAUACAAAUUCAACCAUUUACUCAUUUGGAUUGCUGCUGUUAAUUGAAUAGAAUAUAAAGGAAUCAGAUUCAAUUUUUUAAUAAUGAAUCCCAAUCUUGAAAUGUUGAAGGUGCAUUCAGAAAACUGCUUAAAAUAUUACACAUGUAAAUAUCAUCGUCUAAUAAAUGGAAAUUAAAUUAUUCAUGUGAUUAGUAUUUUGUUUACAAUCCAGCACUAUCUUUUUACUCAGGAAGUUCUCACUGCGACUCUAGAUUUGGAAGACGUGAGAGGUUAUAGAGCUCACAUUUCAUCUCGUUGCAUAACGGUAAGGACUUCUGCUCUCAAUGUAAAUUUUAUUUAUAUUUUCUAAAAAAAUUUUUUUUAACCAUCUAUUAUAACACAGGGGUACCACAGGCAAUUUUAUAAUAAUUCAGCAGUAGGUUUUCUUUUUUUUUUUUUUUACCCCCUAAAGUUAAUUUUAAUUACACUGUGUUUGGAGCUUGAUAUUUCUUCUUCCUAAAAUAUAUCUUUAUAAAUUUGAUUUGGGACUGGUGCAGGAGUCAGAUAUCAGGAGAAAAUAAAAUGUCUAGUCAUUAAAGGACCACUAUAGUGCCAGGAAAAAAUACUCGUUUUCCUGGCACUAUAGUGCCCUGGGGGUGCCCCCACCCUCAGGGUCCCCCUCCCUGCUGGAUGGAGAGGAAGGGGUUAAACUUACCUCUUUCUCCAGCGCCGGGCGGGGAGCUCUCCUCCUCCUCUCCUCCCUCUUCUCCUCCUCCUCUCCUCCCUCUUCUCCUCCUCUCCUCUGUGAUUUUCACAGUGAGAAGCGCCUCUAGCGGCUGUCAAUGAGAGUUUCUCGGAAACUGCUAUGUUUGUAGAAAAAAGGGUUAACCCUAGCUGGACCCGGCACUCAGACCACUUCAUUAAGCUUUAAUAAGUUAUGGUGGUUUUUUGUAUUUUUUUUUUUUUUUUAUUGUAUUUACCAAAAAGUAGUAAAUACGUGUUUUUUUGCAAGAUGAUUUGACAAGUUUGUUAAUUUAUGAAUUUUCUUUAGGCAAGCCGAGUGACUUCUUUUCAUAGGGUGCGUGUGGAGUUUUCCCUUUCCUCUUUUGAUGACAUUUACACUCUCACCUCUAACCCCAUCCAAUGGAAGUAUCACAGCCCAGAGGAAGAAAUAAGGUAUUAA